UUAGUUCCAUAUUAAGGUUUCAGCAAAUCACGAAGUCCUUGCACACCUUAUCUUUAAGUCUUUAAAUUCAAAUCAAUGCAAGUACACCUUUCACAUUUACUUCUUGGUCGCUUGAGCACAAACAUGAAGCUCGUUAUUGUCUUCGCUUGUCUAGUUGGUGUUGCAGUUGCAGAGCCAUGUAAUGGUGUUGACACUACCCAGUGUGCUAACGAAGUGUGCGCUGCUGGAUUUGUUCCGACAUGUGAAAGCGGAGUAUGCACGUGCAGUACUCCACCGGAUCCGACUGCAUGUACAACAUUAAGUGACUGUGAUCAAUACUGGUUUUCUCAUCACUGUGGUGGACCCCACAAACAAUGUACGGCCGGCCAUUGUACAUGCUCACAUGGUCACGGCGGGCAUGGCCGAUAAGAAAUGCAAUGGGAUACAACUGUCUACGAAAUCAUUCAAUGAAAAUACCUUUUCGUUUAAACAUCUUUGUCUUACUGUGUAUUUAAUAAAACAAAGCCAGCAUAUAGUUCUUA